AGUCCUGGGAGCACCGCUCUGCGCCGCGGGGGGGAGGGUUGGCCCCAGGAGUCGCUCGUCCAGCCCAACCACCCGGGCAGCUUCUCCCAGCCCUCGGGGCUAGCCUGAGCUGCCUGGAGAGAGGCGUCGAAAGCAGCCGCAGCUCCUGCCUCUUGCCUCCUCGGCGGCCUGGGACCGGAGCUUUGGGCCCAUGUGUGGCCAAGAGGCCUCUGCAGCCUAAGGCCACAGCCGUGGGGGGCCUUGUGCCCCCCGGGAGACCCUGGAGACAGUUUAGAUCGCGCCCCUUGGAUGAGGUCCCGCAGCGACGCCCAGGCCCGCCCCAUUCCUCCUCCUGCCUGGCCAAGCUGCCUCCCUUUUGGAAAGUUUUGUGGGUUUUCUUUCUCUUCCUCCAACUUUGGGGGAGGCAUCUCGUCAAGCGCCACAGCUUGGGGUGACCUUCUGGCUUGGAGGCCGGGAACCAUGGCGAGGGGCAGCCAUCGCUGAAGUCAGCGAAACUGAGCCUGGUCUGACGACGGCGACGCUGGAGGCCAGAGCCAUGGCCAUUGCCACGUCGGCCCAGCUUGCCAGGGCCCUCUACGACAACACUGCUGAGUCCCCUCAGGAGCUGUCCUUCCGCCGAGGGGAUGUUCUACGGGUACUCCAGAGGGAGGGUGCUGGUGGACUGGACGGCUGGUGCCUUUGCUCCCUGCAUGGCCAGCAGGGUAUUGUGCCUGCAAACAGAGUAAAGCUCCUGCCUGCUGGCCUGGCACCCAAGCCUAGCCUCUCCCCAGCGCCUCUCACCCAGCCUGGCUCAUCAUGUCCCACCCCAGAGCGUGGCAGUGAGGAGCAGGAGGUGUAUGUGGUACCACCACCAGCUCGACCUUGCCCUGCCUCGGGACCUCCAGCUAGAUCCUGCUCACCCUCUCCCGAGUCCAUCUACAAGGUCCCCAGAGUCAAUGGGACACAGCUGACUGCCCCCAGAGAUGUGUUAGAGGUCUAUGAUGUGCCUCCCAACAUCCUCCGGGCUCCCUCCAACUGUCCGUAUGACUCCCCAGCUUCCUUUUCCUGUCCUCUGGCUCCAGUUGUCCCACAGACCCCUGGAGAGGAUGAAGCUCCCUACGACGUGCCUCUGGCCUUGAAGCCUUCUGCCGAGCUGGAGCCAGAUCUGGAGUCAGAUCUGGAGUGGGAAGGGGGCCGGGAACCAGGGCCUCCCCUCUACGCUGCCCCUUCAAACCUGAAACGGGCCUCAGCUCUCCUCAACCUGUAUGAAGCCCCCGAGGAACUACUGGCAAAUGGGGAGAGCAGGGACACAGAUGAAGGCAUCUAUGAUGUGCCGCUGCUGGGGCCGGAGUCCCCGUCUCCAGAGUCCCCCUCUCCAGGAGCGUCUUCCGCCACUGACCUGGACACUGUGGCCCAGCUUCUGACCAAAAGUCCUCCGCCCCAGCACAGGCCCAGGCUGCCCUCCACCGAGAGCCUGUCCCGCCGCCCUCUGCCUGCCCUGCCUGUCUCUGAGGCUCCCACCCCUUCCCCAGCUCCCUCUCCUGCCCCAGGCCGAAAGGGCAGUAUCCAGGACAGGCCUCUACCCCCUCCCCCACCCUGCCUGCCUGGUUAUGGGGGCCUCAAACCUGAGGGAGAUCCAGAGUGCAGGGAGGUAGACGAUGAUCCAGCGGGCCCUCACAACGAGUAUGAAGGCAUCCCGAUGGCUGAGGAAUACGACUAUGUGCACCUCAAGGGUGUGGAUAAAGCUCAGACUUCUAGACCCCUGGAUAAAGCUUUCCCAGCGGAUCCCGAAUUGCUGGAGAGGGGGCUGCCGGAACAGCAGGAAGUCCCGUCCCCCGAGGAGCCGCUGGUCCUGUCCACUGGAGACCUACAGCUUCUGCAUUUCUACGCAGGGCAAUGCCAGAGCCACUACUCGGCCCUGCAGGCCGCCGUGGCAGCCCUCAUGGCCAGUACCCAGGCUAACCAGCCGCCGUGCCUCUUCGUGCCCCACGGCAAGCGAGUGGUGGUAGCUGCUCACCGCCUGGUGUUCGUUGGGGACACCCUCGGCCGGCUGGCAGCCUCCGCGUCUCUCCGAGCACAGGUUGGGGCUGCAGGUUCAAGGCUCGGCCAGACUUUGCGGGCCACUGUGCUUGCUGUCAAGGGGGCCGCCUUGGGCUACCCGUCUGGUACUGCCGUCCAAGAGAUGGCGCGAUGCGUAGCAGAGCUCGCGGGGCAGGCCCUGCGCUUCACCACCCUGCUCGCUGGCCUGCUCCCCUGAGCGCCCGUUCGUGCAGCCUUAGCUUCCCCUGCCUGCCAGAGCCCUGCUCCAUGUUGACGGUAGCUAGAGGACUCUGCUUGAGGGAAGGAGAGGGUCCUUCCCCUUUUCAUCUCUUUGGGUCAUCUCAGCCACUCGCCGAGGCGUCUCUUCCCGCCUCCCCCUCCCCAUACCUACUGCUUUUUGUAUGAGCCAUUUUGUAUAAAUUAUUUAUAUUUAAUAUUUCUCGCCUUGUCCUCGUCAGCCUGGGGUAGAGGUUGCUGUACUGCCUUCUGCCUUUUGGGGGGUUUGGAACACGGAAAGUCAGGUCGCUGAGACUUGGGGCCACACAGAGCCUCUCUCCCGUUUCUUGGCUGAAGAUGACCAGCACCUCACUCUCUUCUGAGAGUGGGCCAGGGCAGUAAUUGCCCAGAAUGUAAUAGUCUGGGGAACACUGGAGGGCUCGACCCCUCACAGGUCAGGCAAGCUGGCCACGGGCAUGGCAUGUACCUCAAUAAACCCUCCGUCUGGUU